AUGACAACAUCAAACAGUUCCAUAACGAGUGUCUACGACCGCCUCUUCGUAGAAUUAGCCGAUCCCAGAACAAACGAUUGGUUCUUAAUAAAGAGCCCCAUACCAGGACUGACCAUAAUAGGACUAUAUCUUUACUUCACACUAAAAUGGGGUCCCAGGUACAUGGCCGACAAGAAACCCUUCCAACUGCAGAAGACCCUGGUGGUUUAUAACUUUUUACAAGUUAUUGUCAGCAUCUUCUUGUUUUAUGAGGGUCUCGACGCAGGCUGGUUGAGAACUUACAGUUGGAAAUGUCAACCAGUUGAUUUCUCACCAACACCGGAAGCUAUGCGGGUAGCAAGAGGCGUCUACAUUUAUUUCCUAGCGAAAAUGACCGAACUACUUGACACGGUAUUCUUCGUAAUACGAAAAAAGGAGAGACAAAUUACAUUCCUCCAUUUGUACCAUCACACAGUGAUGCCCAUGAUAUCAUGGGGAGCUACGAAAUAUUACCCCGGGGGCCAUGGGACAUUGAUCGGAGUUAUCAACUCCUUCGUACAUAUUAUUAUGUACUCAUACUACAUGAUGGCUGCACUGGGUCCGAAAUACCAGAGAUAUCUGUUCUGGAAGAAAUAUAUUACGACGAUGCAAAUGCUUCAAUUCUGCAUCACGUUCAUUCACUCCUCACAACUUCUAUUCUACGAAUGCGGAUACCCACGCUGGUCGGUUGUCUUCACGCUUCCAAACUCCAUCUUUUUCUACUAUCUCUUCUACGACUUCUACUACAAAGCAUACGGAAAACCAGUGAAGAAGGCCAUGGUCGCAAAUGGUUCAGCGAAUGAGAGCAAAACAAACGGACUAUCGAUAACCAAUGGUGCUAUGCCAAAUGGUUCACACAACGGAAUAGAUAAAAAAAUCGAAUAA